AUGCGCUUUGGAGACGAGCCAGGGUGCCGGCGCCCCCGCGCGCGGAUGGAAGGGCGGGAGCCGGGGGGGCCCACCCCGUGUCCCGGGGAGCCCCGCCCCGAUGCCGGCCCCGCGCCGAGUCCCGGGGGCGCCGCGCGGUCCCCGGAAGUGGCGGCGGGCGUGCGGGAGCGGCGCGGGCGGGGGCGGCGCUGGAGCCGGGCAUGGCCGCCGCCGCCGGCUUUCGAGCGCGCCGACUGGCAGUACUCGCAGCGCGAGCUGGACGCCGUCGAGGUCUUCUUCUCGCGCACCGCCCGGGACAACCGGCUGGGCUGCAUGUUCGUGCGCUGCGCGCCCUCCAGCCGCUACACGCUGCUCUUCUCGCACGGCAACGCCGUGGACCUGGGCCAGAUGUGCAGCUUCUACAUCGGGCUCGGCUCGCGCAUCAACUGCAACAUCUUUUCCUACGACUACUCGGGCUACGGCGUCAGCUCGGGCAGGCCCUCCGAGAAGAACCUCUACGCCGACAUCGACGCCGCGUGGCAGGCGCUGCGCACCCGGUAUGGUGUGAGCCCUGAGAACAUCAUCCUGUACGGUCAGAGCAUUGGGACGGUGCCCACAGUUGACCUGGCCUCACGGUACGAGUGCGCCGCCGUGAUCCUCCACUCGCCUCUCAUGUCGGGUUUGCGCGUGGCUUUUCCCGACACCAGGAAAACCUACUGCUUCGACGCGUUCCCCAGCAUCGACAAGAUAUCUAAAGUCACCUCUCCUGUGCUGGUCAUUCACGGGACAGAGGACGAGGUCAUUGAUUUCUCCCACGGCCUGGCAAUGUAUGAGCGCUGUCCCCGGGCCGUGGAGCCCCUUUGGGUCGAAGGCGCCGGGCAUAAUGACAUAGAGCUUUACGCACAAUACCUAGAAAGACUAAAACAGUUCAUAUCUCACGAACUUCCCAACUCCUGAAGAAGACCGCUCCAUCUUACCUCAUUUACUGUGAACACAAGAGUCCUCCGUCUGGCACAUGCUUUAACUGGAUCGCUGCACUGGCGCACUCACCACGAGGAAGUGCCGGCUGCACGAUGUUCUCCUCACAGAUCUGGGGGAAUCUCAGCCUUUUCUGUCUAGAGCUGGGUCUCCUCAUUCACACAACAUGUUCAACUGAGCAGUCAUGAUUUCCAGCUUCCUUUCCUUGCAGGAAUGGGGGUGAGAGCUGACUGGCGGGGGGACGGUCCCCUCGUGCGGUAUAAAGGAUGCUCACAUCUCUACCUUCCCCAUCAUUCAUGACUCAUUUAUGCAGGACUCAGACCUUUGUCCACCAACGUUCUCAGUAUUUGAUCCGCAGCCCUCUUUCAGCCACUGGAUUCAUGGGUUCAGUCCAUUUGUGAAGCUGUGAUAGUGUAACUGGAAAACUAUUGUGAUGAAAAUGCUUUUGUUGAUUUUCGUUAACAUGCCGAUCUUUCCCCCCAAACAAAUCAGUGGAAGGGUGGGUUAGUGGAACUCUCAUGAGCAGCUUCACCAACUGGAACCGUAUAAAUAUAACUGGAAUAUUCUUAAACAAAAGGAAUCUGGGGUUUUCUUUUUUUUAAGUGUAAAUUUAUUACUAGUCCACAGAGUUUUAAUAUUUUGAUUGUCUGGUUGGUCUAAUAAAGAGCCUAGCAGACUUUCUUUCUUAAAGUCCUCUUAUAGGCUUUUUUAAAGUACUGUAUAUAGUUGCAAUUACAUUGUGCAUAGAUUCUUAAUGGGUAAUUUUCUUUCGUCAGGCUACCACAAUGAGCUGCGGACUCCUUGCUUGUAAUGUAAAUGAUUGAAUACAUUUUGUUAAUAUGUUUUUAUUCCUAUGUUUUGCUAUUAAAAAAUUUUAUAACAUUUCCAAGACAAAAAAAAUUAACAAGUUUAUGCUUUGAAGAAUUUAUGUAAUUAGAAUUUGACUAAAUCUUUUUAGUUUAGGAGUUAUUUGGGUUUUGACACUGGAGUUGCACCGAAUAAGCAUCAGAAAAUGUGAGAUGCCUAAAAUUGCUACACUGCUUGUACGGUUGGGGGUUUGGGUUUGGGGAUUCUUUGGUUAUAUUUUGAAUUUUUUUUUUUUUCAAAUUUCAAAGCCUUAAAUGUACUGUAAGCCUCAGAUUGUUGUACAGCUGGACUGCGGUCGAUUGUCAGCUUGUGUGCUGUUGCCCAGCUGCGGCACAGUGGUGGGUCGUGGAAUAAAGGAUGCAUGGAUCAGAAA